AUGGAGGCCGCGGAGCUGCGCUGCACGGUGGCCGUGGAGCAGCCGCUGCCGGGAGGACAGGCCCCGCGGCGCCGCGUAAUGCGGGGCGCGAUGGUGCUGCUGGGCCGCAACGAGCUGCGGCAGCCAGUGCUGCGGGUGGUCGGCGGCGGCGGAUCGGCGGCGGCGGCGGCGCUGAGCUUCGUGCUGGCCGGUGACACUGUGCGGCUCUUCACGCGGUUCGCUGGCGACGGGCGGGCGGCGGUGCGGGUGGGUCCGGGAGGCGCCCAGGUCUUGCUCUCCGACUGCCCCCCAGACGCCCUGCGCCGCUUCCUCCGCCUCCUGCGGCUCAAGGUGGUCGCUGGGUCGCGAGGAGCGCAGCGCGUCCCCCGCCUGCUGGACCGGCCGCCGCCGGCCUUCGCCCUCAUCAGCCCGCUGCAGGAGCGAGACCUGCUGCGCGGCCCCGGCCACCUCCGCGGCGCCGAGGGGCGGGGGGAGCGCCCAGAGGAGGUGCCCCGCGCAGAGAGACGGCCCCCGGUGAGGCUCUCGGCGGAGCAGGAGGUGGUGCUGGGCGCCGUGAGGAGCGGGAAGAGCAUCUUCUUCACCGGCUGUGCAGGGACCGGGAAGUCAUUCUUGCUGAAGAAGAUCGUGGGGUCCCUCCCUCCGAAGAGCACCUAUGCUACAGCUAGCACAGGAGUGGCGGCAUGCCAUAUCGGUGGUACCACUCUCCACGCCUUUGCAGGGAUCGGCUCUGGGAAGGCAUCGCUGGAACAGUGCAUUCAGCUGGCGGAGAGGCCUGGGGUGCGCCAGCACUGGCUGGCCUGCCAGCACUUAAUUAUUGAUGAGAUCUCAAUGGUGGACGGCAAGUUCUUUGAUAGGCUGGAGGCAGUGGCGAGGGCUGUCAGAAAACGGGAUGAGCCUUUUGGAGGAAUUCAGCUAAUCAUCUGUGGGGACUUCUUGCAGCUACCCCCAGUCUGCAAGGCUAAUGAAGAAACCAAGUUCUGCUUCCAGUCAAAAAGCUGGAGGAAAUGCAUCCACAUAAACAUGGAGCUGACUGAAGUGCGGAGACAGACCGACAAGACCUUUGUCUCACUCCUGAGUGCAGUCCGUUUGGGCAGGUGCACAGAGGAGGUUACCAGGCUGCUGAUGCAGACCACUACUAACAGGUCUGAGCGUGAUGGGAUCCUGGCUACGCGGCUCUGCACCCAUAAAGAUGAUGUAGAAAUAACUAAUGAGAGACGCUUGCAACAGCUACCAGGAGACGUGCACACUUUUGAGGCUCUGGACAGUGACCCAAUGCUAGUGAAGUUAAUUGAUGCUCAGUGUCCUGUGGGUGGUAGAAUUGAGCUAAAGCUUGGAGCUCAGGUGAUGCUAGCUAAGAAUCUGGAUGUGUCUCAAGGGCUGGUGAAUGGGGCACGAGGAGUUGUUGCAGGAUUUGAAAGUGAAGAGAAGGGGCUGCCUAAGGUUAGAUUUCUCUGUGGGGUCACACAGGUCAUCAAAAUGGAGAAAUGGGUCUUCAAAGGACCAUCAGGAGUUCACCUGAGUCGUCAACAGUUGCCUUUAAAAUUGGCAUGGGCCAUUUCCAUUCACAAGAGUCAGGGCAUGUCUUUAGAUUGCGUGGAAAUCUCCCUGUCUCGUGUCUUUGAAAGUGGGCAGGCUUACGUAGCCCUUUCCCGAGCCCGUAGCCUUGCAGGUCUCCGUGUUCUGGAUUUUGACCCGAAAGUAGUGAGAGCUGAUCCUUCUGUGUUGCAGUUCUAUAGGCAGCUGAGACGUCACCAGCUUCUAACCCAGGAUUCCCUACACACACAUUCAGGUGCUGAUGAGAAGGAGAACUGGGAAUGCAGCUGAGAAUGCUCCUUUGGCCUCUGUGAUGCAUCAGCACAGACUGAGUUGCAGCGAUCUUGCUAUUGAGUAUAUUUG